AUGAUCUCACGAUUCCUGAAAACCUUCAUCCCAGUGACUUGUUUCUUAGUGGCAAUCAGAAGUGAAGCUGCAGACACUGCGGUGCCAGGAUUCGAAGCGCCCGCGCUUCCAUACAGACCAAAAUUCCGCUACUGGCUCCCCGAUGCCUCAGUACCCCGUCAAUCCGUUAUUGACGAUGUUAAUCACAUUGCCGCGGCGGGAGCAGGGGGACUCGAGUUUCUCCCGUUUUACAAUUAUGGGCUUGGCCCAGCACUUACUGACUGGACCAUCUACGGAUUCGGCACGGAGGCAUUUAAAGAUGUGUUUGCGGCAGCCUUAAGUGCAAGUGCUGCCCAUGAUUUGGCCUUUGACUUCGCCUUUGGCGCCAAUCAAGGUGCCGGUGUACCUUCUACCGUAGGGACUCCAGGCUUGGCUAAGGAACUUGUAUAUGGAAACAUGACGCUCCAGUCUGGAGAAACUUAUCAAGGGCCCGUGCCGGAGCCCAACGUCGAGUUCAACAGGCUGACGGGAUUUAUGAACCCCCCUGAGCCUUGGGGCACGAAUGAACUCGUCGCCGUGACAGCCGGAAAAGUCGUUACGGAAGUAUUACUGGAUGAGUAUUUCUACAUGUCUAUUCUUAAUGAAACGAGCCUGAUCGAUUUGACAAAUCUUACAACACAAGGUGAAAUCGCGUGGACGGCUCCGGAAGGCAAUGAGACUUGGGUAGUCUUUGGUAUUUACGAACGUUACACAAAUCAAAGAAGUUGCGUCUCGGUCUCGAACGCUACGACCGCCUUGGGCAAUGGUUCCUGGAUAGUGGACCACUGGAGCGCAACCGGCGCUAGGAAGAUGACCGACUUUUGGGACGAGGAGAUUUUCUCCGAUGAGGUCAUAGCUACUCUCAUAAAAGAAGUUGGCGAAUACGCUUGGGAAGAUAGUAUGGAGAUACAAGCAGCUCUGCCUUGGACGAACGGCCUUUUAUCUCGUUUUGAGUCCCUACAUGGCUAUAGUAUCACUAAAUACUUGCCGAUUCUGUUUCACGCCACAAAUGCCUGGGGCGGAUACCUUCCUCCGUAUAAUAUAACGUACACAUUGGGUGAAUACCUGCCAGACGGAGGACUAUACGUGCAAGACUACAAAGCGGCAUUGAGCCAGGGGUAUGUAGAGUAUGUGCAGAAUUAUGGGGAAUGGGCUUCUUCAAAAGGUCUCAAACUAUCUACACAGCCUGCCUAUAAUAUGCCUAUCGAUAUGACCGAAGCAGUACCACAUGUUCAAAUUCCAGAACUCGAGUCGCUAGGCUUCAAGGAGAGUAUCAAUAUGUACCGCCAAUUUACCGGCGCGGCUCACCUGGCUGGGCGGAAUGUGAUAUCGACAGAGGUGGGUGCAGUCCUUGGAGGGGCGUACAAACAGCGACUUCCGGAGCUGCGAGGUCUUCUCGAUGGAUCUCUAGCUGCCGGCGUGAAUACUAUGGUACUCCAUGGAUAUGCCUACAGCGGCAACUACGUGGGUACAACCUGGCCUGGAUACACCCCUUUUCAGUUCGAGUUCUCGGAAAUGUGGAAUCCCCGACAACCCGCUUGGCGACAUUUCGACGAUCUCAUGACAUAUUCGGCGAGGAAUUCGAUGAUAAUGCAACGCGGCAUACCUAAGGUGGAUUUUGCAAUUUAUUACUUUGAGAUUCCUUACCGCUUUGGUCUUGGUGUAUUUCCUGAAAGUCAUAUGAACGCGGCUGGCUACACUUUCGAGUAUUUGGGACCUGCAAACCUUGUAUCUGAUCGAGCAGUGGUUACCGACGGUGUCCUUGCCACAGAUGGCCCUGGUUACAAGGCCUUGGUCAUCUACAACCAGACGCAGAUUACCCCGGGUGCAUCUGCAGCACUGGUUGAGUUUGCGGAAGGUGGACUACCUAUCUAUAUCGUAGGUUCUGUCCCUAACACGACGGUCGGGGCCAUGGGCCAGCAGGAAGUCUCAGCAAAUGUGGCAAAGCUACUGGAGCACGAGGCUGUGCGCCUAUUGAGCCCCGAGGAAUUCUCCCCGUCAACACUCGCUGCGGACGGAGUACUAGCUCGCGCCAACCUAAGUGCUAGCUCCAACGCCUCCGGCCUCUACACGUUUUGGACAUCGGACACCGAGCACAAGUCCGAGUAUGUAUAUUUGUAUAACACUGGUGCUGAUGCUAUAUUCAACGUAACAUUCACCGUACCUUGUGAUACAAAGCCCGUAGUCCUGAAUGCAUGGAACGGCGAACAGAUCCCAAUAGCAUUAUAUGAAGCAACCUCGCACGGCAUCACCACAGAAGUUCGCUUGAAGGCAAACCAAACGACGAUAGUUGCCUUUCAGCCUAUGCAAGGAACCACGCCAGCUGCAUUGCACGCUGUCGCCCGCUCUCCGAAUGUCGAGGCCAUCCGCCUUACGGACAGUGGAUGCUUGGAGGCGUGGGUAAGCAACUUUUCCGAGGCAUGGGUAACCUUGAGCAAUGGGAUUCGGGCGACUCUGCUCGGACCAAAUAUCACCGAUGAAGGGGUAAAAGCGUUGGGCCCUUGGGACUUGGUUGUUGAAGCCUACGGUCCAUCUGCCAAUAAUGAUACCUUGGAAGGGGUUGUGACCACUAUCAACGUAGGGACACUGGAAGAUCUCAGACCAUGGACCAAGAUCGCUGGGAUUCAAAAUGCCAGCGGGAUCGGGACGUACUCUAGCCGAUUUAGGUUAUCCAAAGAUAGCAAAGAAGCUGUUAUCAUCAGCUUUGGGCCUGUACUGAACACAUUGAGGGCCUGGGUCAAUGGCAAGCAAGUCCCUCCCAUUGACCCAGCGAACCCAGUGGUGGAUAUAUCCAAAUUUGUUGUGGACGGGGACAACAGCAUUGAGGUUGCGGUUACCACAACUCUUUUCAACGCGGUUAAAGCCAACGUGGAUCGGAUAUUUAGUAUAGGGUACGGGCCGCAGUCUCCAACAUACUAUACCGGAGAAGACUGGCAGGAUUUUGGUCUUAUUGGACCAGUGGAACUUCGGAUUUUGAGAAAAAUACCCAUAGAGUGA